AUGCAAGUCUCCACUUGGAGGAACUGUCUCGUUGCUUGGUUCGCGGUGGCGGCAAGUUUUUCGAACACGGCAACGGCUUUCAGUUGCAACCGAUUUUCUGGGCAAAGUCGAAAGUUUGCACCCGCAUCGAUAAGCCUACAUGGAAGCCCACCCUACCAUGGUGAUGAUUUCGCUGGCUACGAAGAGGAACAGUUUGAUGUGGAGCCAGGACAGAAGCUCGCCUCAGAUUUCUACGGCGAGCUGGAGCUCAGGAACAAAUUGGCUUCCUUGACGUCGGCAGCGACGGUAGAAGAUGGAGCGACUAAUGUCAACUUACGCGAUGAUACCGGAGGAAGCCGGGCUGCGACCUUGCAGUUUUCCAACAAAACGAGGCUUACAUCUGCUGCUAUGAUUGGUACGACCGCACUUUUGGUGAAGCUCUACUGGGUGCAAGCUUUGGUUUCGGCAGGUUUGUUGGGCUUCUAUUUUGCCAUGGUGUCAGUGUUCUCGCAUUUGGAAGCCUAUCGCCGCGAAGCAGCGGAUCGCGUUUCGUCUGCUCAGCAACGGCCCCUUGGGAUAUUCCAUCACGAAGACUCAGGAACCAGUUGA